AUGUCCACUCCAACGCUGCCCCCGCCCUCUCCAAGCACCACCGACGCCAUCAAUAUACUCCGCGCCACAUUCCGAGCCUCGAUCCUCCACAGUGCCCUGGAGCACCCUGCUUCCUCCUCUCCAGCCUCAACUUCCUCAGUAGCCCAAACCGAAAUCAAUAGCGUGCUCUAUAAGGCCGUAGUUUUCACAGUCAGUCUCCACUGCAGACAUGACGACGCCAGCUACCCCACUAGGCUAUUCGCUAGAACGUCCGACACUGUCAAGACCGUCUUUCCCGACUUGGAGAAAACAACUUGUACGGGAAAGCAGUUUUUGGAGCAGAAGCGGUUCCUAGAACACAUUUCGCAACCAGCAGCUGUAGACAAAGUUCGACCUACGAGUCGUCCUAGCCUCGCAACCCAAACUCCAAGUCCCAGCCACGGCGCACAAACCACCCUAUCUGCACUCCACGACUUCCGCAGUACGCUCGAGCAGCUCGCCGCGCCAGCGCUCUCCUCGCAAACCUCUUUCCUAGAGAAAAUGCGCUCGCAGCUCGAGCAUGUGGAGCAGACGCUGCCGUUUCAGGACCGGAAUGCGGAUCCGUUUGGCGUGCUGAGGAGGAUGGUGCGCGAGCAGAUGCUGCAUAAGGGGAUUAAUGUCGUUGGGUGUUAUCGGCGAUUGCUUAGUCUGGCGGAUGAGGGGAGGGAGGAGCGGAAGAAGGAACAGGAGUUUAUGAGGGAGUUGGAGAGGGCGCUUGGCAUCUUGGAGGGGUUGACGUUAGGUGUGGAGUGA